AUGUCACUCAAGAACAGAUAUUUCUAAUGUCUUGGAACUCGAAGAUGGGAUAACGAGCAACGGUGAGAACAACUGCUUUCUUAAAGUUGAGAGAUCAUAUGAACGGAAUUGAUGAGGAUGACCCAGAUUUCAUCAUUACAUCUUCUACUGACAACCAAAAUUGUGACAACAUGCGAAGGAAAAAAUUGAUUCCGUCCAUCCAGCAGUCCAUCCAAACACGAGUACAUAAAGUCGCAACUUUGAGAGGGUUGCCACGACUAUUUCUAUUACGACGAGCAUUUUGCUUCUACUGGUGUGUGAUAAUAUCGCUGUUUAUUUACCUCAAGUGGUAUUAUCCACUAUAUCUGACAAGUAAUGUCAACAGAAACACUUUAGAAGACUUUGGCAGGGACUGGUGUCGAAUGCGCAAUGAACGAGUAGAUUGGGGACGGCUACGGGAACCUUGCAUAGGAAACACGGUCUACGAAAAUAAUUUACCUGGAUGGAAUGUAGAAAACCGUACUAAUGGGAGAAUGAGUUUUGUUUCUUCCACUGAUAUUCAACCUGCUGGACAGUUUAGCAGGAUUAUCAUUCAGUCCCAGACUGUUGAGGACCUUCCAAAAUCGGUCGGGGGGGACUAUUGGCGAGUUUUUAUCUCGGGUCCCACUGGGUUUGCGCCCACGGUAACUGACCUUGGUAACGGAGAAUACGAGAUUCUGUUCUUGAUCCUACAUCCAGGGAAUUAUUGCUUGUCGGCGGUGUUGGAUCAUUCCCUAUGUGACGGGAUGAAAGACCCCCCGGAUUAUUGGUUUGUUUCAGGGAACAGUCACGGAAGCAACCAGCCACAAGGAAUUCUAAACGGAAAGCAAGUUUACUUAAUGCAACCGCUUUCGGGAGGCGAGGAAUUCUGUUUUGACGUGCCUGUGAGCAACGGGCCAAUGAGAAGAGAUGAAUUUUUGAGUUACGGGCUUGGAUACCCGUCAUAUUGUGGAACAAAUUGUAAAUUUCUAUCGGAUGGUUUCGGUUACUGGAGCAAUAGGACUUGGGUACCACACGCUCCUGAGAGAUUAUUCAAGAAUUCUCCGCGUAAGAGAAAGGGAACUCUGUGGAUCUAUGGUGAUUCAUUAGCCUUGCGAUUUUACGAUUCUAUUUACUACACAUCUCUCUGCACGGAAAUAUUCAAGGCCUGUAAUGUGACGUACACUUGGGUGUACAACAUGAUUGAGCCAGUGGAAGUUGAAAAGUACAAAAGGACUUAUCGAGAUUUUGAUCCUUCCCGCGUGUUACAAGAAAUUAGAAACGUCAUUUAUCUCCCUGAAAUGGACGAAAACAGUGUGAUAAUUCUCAACUGUGGACUGCAUUACGUAUCCGCUUUAAAAUUUGGAAUUUAUCGGAAGCUUAUUGAUGCAAUUAUUGACAUGUUUAAAGAGACUUGGGAGAAUGAACAUGGCGUGAUCGAACUAAAGUUCAAAGGGAAACUGAUUUGGAAAACGACGACAGCCAUUCACAGAGAGAGAUUUUUGUAUCAUGACCAUCCAAGCCCGCGGUUUUUAACUCUUCAGCGCAUACAGUUGUACAAUGCAUACGCUGUUUGGGCCAUGUGUAAUGCGGGAAUUGAGAUUUUGGAUGUUUUUCCGAUGAGUUAUUCGUUUCCGGAAGGAACCGACGGAAGUAGCGACAGAUACGAUGCUGUACAUUAUAAAAACAUUGUCUUCAAACCAGCUGAACAGCUUUUGUAUGAAUAUUUCAAUCCUUACAUGGACAAACCAAGGAAGAUUGGAUUGUAUUAUUCUUUAUUUGGAAAUAAAACCGCCAACUUGUAA